AUGUUUCUUCCACCCCCUUAUCGCCUGUUGGUGGCUCGUGAGGCGGCCUCCAACCCAGACGCGGCUCAGGACACCCCAAAUCCGAAGAAGAAGACGAAUAUCUUCAUUAUCUGUGCCGCGUGUAUCGUCUUCUCCUUAGCCUUGAUUGUUAUGAUAUACUUCGUUCUGCGCAGUCUCCGUCGAAUGAACUGUCGCCCGAGAUACGUGCCCGGGAAAUUCCUGAAGAGUCGAUGGAAUCAGUGGAACGCGGGAGGGACCUCCUCAUAUGGCCAAGUCUCUGACUCGGCGUCCUCUCGAAAUGGAAAUCGAUCCAACAACACCGCAUACCAAGGCGCCGCGGAAAUGAAUUCCGGCGGGGAAGUCCGCCGCGAGACAUCCGUCCGAUCGGUGAUUACGCUGCCUGCCUACUCGCCCAGCCCGAAACCCAGCGAACAGGUCAUCGCCCGGGAAGGAGAACGGGGCGGGAUGGAUGUUGUGGUUGAAUUCCCCGAGACGGCGGAAGAAGAGGAGAACCGCCGCGAGGAACUCAUGGAGUCGCUCUACCAGGUCCGCGAACAGCGCCGGCGAGAAAUUGCCGAGCGAGAAGCCCGCCGCCAGGAGCGCCGGGAAGCCCGUGCCCGCGGUGACUAUAUCCGCCUUGAACAGCUGAGACAGCAAAGCCGCGCCAGAGCCCGGAGUCGCUCGUCAACCAACGGGAGCAGUAACUCGAACUUAGCCCAUGUGGAACACCAAAGCCGUGGCCGUGACCAACGGAUCGCCAGCGUCAGCUACGCCGAGCUCGGUCGCGUCCGUCAUGAUGGAUCGCGAUUGCGUGCCACCUCGCCCGACUCGGAUCGCCGGCCCCUAUUGACUUCAGAUGGGCCCGAUCAACGGUCCACGUCGAGCCUGACCAACGUUCAUUCUCGAGGAGAGUCAUUUUCAUCCAUCGGCUCUGAUACGGAUAGUUUGACCCCCGUGCAGUCCCAAGCGAUCUCCAUGCACACUGUCGACCCGGCCACGACCGCCCCCGAAGAAGGCGAUGUGGGCGCGCGCAGUAUCCCUCCCCCGCCAGACUACGACCAUCUGGACUGGGGCGACGCACCGCCUUACCAGAGCCCGAUCGCCGACCGCGGGGAGGGUCCUCCCCAAUUACCCCGGUUGACACCACUGCCUUCGAUCCAGGUGGACGCGGCCAGUCCGAUCAGCAACACGCCUGCGACGCCGACCGUGCCGUCCCAGUCCCUACGGCACGACUUUGACCCUCAGCACGAGGCACUCGAAUCGACCCGGGAAAUUCCCGAGAGCCCCAAUCUUCCGGAUAUGAACGGCAGUGCGAGGAAACAACAACUAGCUAUGGAGGAGGAGGAACCCGACUACGUCUUCAACACCUCCACCAUGGAACGCGUCUUCCCUGAGUUUUCACAGAUCGGCACGUCGGAGGAAGAGAACGGCCAGGAUGACGACGACAGUAUUUCUAUCGAGGCCGGACGCGGACCCACGAAGCCGACGCGUCGCUUGGACGACUCCCGCAACUCCUAUCCUAGCAUCGACAACAGCAUCCGGUCGUCCUCUCCGGCCAUCCGACUCGAUUAUCCCACCCAGACCCCGCCCAAGUCGGCCCUCCGCAACUCGGGACGUCGCGCUGUGAGUGAGAAUCUGCGGAAAGACGCUCAGCUGCGACGCGCCAGCCUCGCCCAGAAGGAAAAUUUCGACCUGCAGUCCAAGUCUAACCGCCGAGACCAGCGACGGACGCUGUCGGAGAUGCAUGCGAAGGUCCGCGAUGCCUACGACGGCUCUUACAUACUUGACGAAAGACCGGCAGCGGUCGCUAACAGUGCCCGGCCAACCCGCUUUGGCAACGGGAACCUGUCCCACCAGAUCGCAGACGCGGUUGAGCGGGCGUCCCAGGAUGCUUACGCGCGUGAGGUCCGGAAGGGCAAACUUCCCAACGGCACAGGCACGCCGAUGAGAGGCGGCGGGGAUACUGGCACCCAACAAUCUUUCCUUCUUCCCGACCUUCCCAAUCUGUCCGAGCUUGUUUCGGGCGUGUACGAAGACGGCACCCCCGUUUACUCGCGCAGCAAGGCGCGAACCACUCGAUUCGUGUCUCCCCCGCAUGAUGCCACCGAAUCGUCUUUCACUCGCGAGCACAUGCCGCUUGAUGCAGUGCCCAUCCCGGAGGAUGAGAAGGCCCUCUUUGUCUCGCUCAGGCUUCUUCAGGAUAAGGUGGCUGAGCUCGAACGCGGCAAGGCGGAUGCGGAACGGCGCAUCGAGGAUAUGAAGCACGAGAAUGCCUCGGUGAGGGUGGGCAAGUCUCGCCAGAAGGACAAGAGCAGCCGCUCUAGGACGUAUGAGUCGGAGGAGGACGACUACAGAAGGGAGCGCAUCGCCAAAGAUAAUCAGAAGCUGGAAGCGACCAACUUGGCUUUGCAGAACAAACUCGACCUCGUUGAGCGCAAGGCAGAAAUCCAGGACGCGACUCUGAAGCGCUUGAACCGGGAGCGGGAUAUGGCUGUCUCCCAGCUGGGAGUGGCGUAUCUCGAAUCGCAGGAUCUCAAGAGUGACAAUGAGACUCUCCGUCGGGAGAAUGCGGAGCUACGGGCCGCGCUCGAAAAGCUGGGCUUCUCCGUCAAGAACCGCGAAGUCACCCUUCAGUCGGAGCAGACUUCUGCCAGUGAGGACAGCGGAGACAGCCAGAUCGACACCCGACAGAGUGCCAAUGUCAGCCGCACCACGAAAGAGCUUACGUUAAAGAGCCGCUCGCGUUCCAAGAGUGCACGGCGCGAGGAGUCCCGCAGAGUUUCGAACCAGGUUGACAAGGAGAUCUCGCGGCUGGAGAAGGAGCGCGCGGAGGAAGCUCUCUUCUCCAUCGACGUGCCUCGCUCUAGGGAGGCUACGAAGACCGAUAAGUCCGAGACUCGUCGCUCGAAGAAGCAGUCCAACACUGGCAAGCAGCGCGUCAAGCGCGUUGUCGUCGAGGAGGUGGACAUCACUGAUCCUGUCGAGUCUACGGGCGAAGCGACUGGAAACACCAAGAAGUCUGGGACGGAUCGCGACCUUACAUUGUUGAGCUUUGUUGAUGAGCGUGAAAUUGCCCAGUUGCGAAAGACACUGGAGGAGGAGCGCCUUUCUCGGAAGAAGCGCCAGUCCAUCACGAUCAAAGACCCCACUGAGAAUGACACGGAGCGCUCCAAGGUCUCGCGGCCCGUCCCGCGCAAGUCGUCGCUUAAGGAAAGCAAAAGCGUUCCCGCCAGGCCCACCUCCGCCCUGGGCGAUCUGACAACAACUUCUAAAAUCAGCAUCUCGGAGAGCAACUUGUCGGUUCCCAUUGAGCGACCUAGACGCCACUCGGACCACGCGGCGACCCCCCGCCGGCGUCAGCGGAUCGCCGACGACGUGACAUCGGCGUUCAUUCUGCCCGACAUCACCUUGCACGGCGCCCACCUGGCUGCUGAGAACCCCGGGCAUCUUCCCGAGGCAGCCCAGCGGGCGCUGGAUGGCGCCACGCGGCACGUCGGGAAGAACUGUACGAUCUGCAAGCGCACUGAUUCUUGCGACCACACCCAGAGCUCCGUCAAGGUUCCCAAGCCGGUUCCAGUGUCAGAGCGUAUGCCCGAGCCGUCCGUGUACAACCCAGAGCCGACCAUCCGGCCCUCGCAGCCUCCAUCCGUCGCUCUCGCGACCGUUCUUAAAUCGCUAGAGGACGAGCUGUCCCAUCUGAAGAUGCAACUGAUCACCUACCAAGGUGCCUACAACAAGCUCGACGCAUCCCUAAGCAAGCGCCAGCGGAAGACCCUCGGCGAGAAGCUCGAAAAGCUGCUCAAAGACAUCGACAUGAAGUCGGAUCAGAUCUACGCGCUGUACGAUGUCCUCGAGGGCCAGAAGGACAACCUGCAGGAGAUGACCGAGCAGGAGAUGGAGGUGACGCUCCAGUCGAUCGGUAUCGACCCGGGACGCGCCGCGGACGUCACGGGCACGACGGAUAAGUCGUCUGUCCGGCCGACAGAGGAUGAUGAUGAUGAGGAGCUGCCGUGGGAGGGAAUUGAGAUCAGUCAUGACACCCGCUCCUCUGUCGAUAAUGUACCCACCGCAAGCGAAGUAGCCGACCAACACCAUGUGCCGCCCCAAGAUCCCCACGGUUCACCGGGCCGGGACGUGCCCGACGAGGAAGACUAUACCAGCGUCAACACCGUCAUCUAUGAUGGAGACCCUCAACGACAGCGUGACGCUGCACCGCCUUCCAAUCCCUCCGACAGUUCGGACGAUGACGCCGCCAGCACCAAAAGCGAAAAGCCCGUUACCUGGCGCUCACUGCCCAAGAAAGGCCAACUAGCGAUCCUGACCUUUGCGCGCUUGUCGGAACCUUUGACCCAGACCUCGCUACAAGCGUACCUAUUCUACCAGCUCAAGUCGUUCGACCCGUCGCUGCCGGAUUCGACCAUCUCUGCCCAGGCGGGCCUGCUGCAAGGGACCUUCACCGCCGCGCAAUUCGUAACGGCGGUCUGGUGGGGGAGACUGGCGGAUGCCGAGUGGAUGGGUCGGAAGAGGGUACUGAUGAUCAGCUUGUUGGGGACGUGUAUCUCAUGUCUGGGCUAUGGCUUCUCCCGCUCGUUUGUCACCGCAGCGAUCUUCCGGACGCUGGGUGGGAUAUUGAACAGUAACAUUGGUGUGAUGAGGACGAUGAUCGCGGAGAUUGUCGAGGAGAAACGGUAUCAAUCGCGCGCCUUUCUUCUUCUGCCCAUGUGUUUCAAUAUCGGGGUGAUUGUUGGUCCGGUUUUGGGUGGCUCGCUGGCCGAUCCGGUCAACAGUUAUCCGCAGUUCUUCGGUCCGGGUUCGUUCUUCGGUGGUAAAGAAGGCGUGUAUUGGAUGAAACAUUGGCCGUUCGCCUUGCCCAACGUGCUGAGUGCAAUUUUCAUCUUUGCUUCGUUGAUUGCCGUUCUGUUAGGAUUGGAAGAGACACAUGAGGUUGCUCGGUACCACAGCGAUUGGGGUCGGAAAUUAGGCCGAACCCUGGCCAGGUCCCUGUCCUUCCGGCGCAUACCCCGGCACUAUCGGGCGCUGGUCAGUCAUCCAGACGAUGAGUCGCUCUACGUCGAUGGCAGCGUCACAAGCCGGUCAGCCCCGGCCAGUCCGGCUCGUGCUCGCGCCUUCGUUCGCCGUAAGCGGCCGUCGUUUGGCCAGACCUGGACGCGCAAUGUCCUCCUGACCCUGUUUGCCCACUUUCUCCUUGCCUUCCACACGAGCGCCUUCAACGCCAUGACAUUCGUGUUUCUGCCGACCCCACGCGCUCCCCAAGGCAGCAACGACGGCUUCUUCCACUUUGGCGGCGGUAUGGGUCUUCCCUCCGCGCGCGUCGGCCUCGCCACGGCGAUCAUCGGCGUCAUUGGCCUGCCCCUGCAGAUCUUCGUGUAUCCCCACGUCCAAGGCCGGAUGGGGACACUGCCGUCUUUCCGCACCUUUCUGCCGUUCUCACCCAUUUCGUACGCCCUGAUGCCCUUCCUGGUGUUGAUCCCGCGCAUCCCGUGGCUCGUCUGGUCGACCUUCACGUUCGUCGUCGGACUGCAGGUCGUUUCGCGGACCUUCGCCCUUCCAGCGGCGAUCAUCCUCGUAAACAACUGCGUCACCGAUCCAUCCGUUCUGGGAACGGUGCACGGCGUAGCGCAGAGUGUCUCCAGCGCCGCACGCACGCUGGGUCCACUCCUCGGCGGCUGGGGCUUAGGUCUGGGUCUGAAGUAUAACAUGGUGGGAGCGGUCUGGUGGGCUCUGGCGGUGGAGGCGCUGCUCGGGUGGUUCCUGCUGUGGUCGAUCUUCGAAGGACGAGGCAUCGAGAAGAAGGAUCCCCCAAUCGACGAAGACGAGGAAUUGUAG